ACGAAAAGACGAAAUAAAACACAACAGUUUUCUAAAACAGUUUUAAAAAAACUGUUGUGUUUGUUUUGUCUUAUCUAUGGUGCUAAGACACCUUUAGUCCGUGGUUGUUCCUGUAAAUGCAUUCCUUCUUUAUCGUGAUUUGGGUUAUAAUUCCAUUUUUCUGUCUUAAAAAUUUCACUGUUAAAAAGUUCCGCUUUUAUUGCUUGAAUUUACUUCCCUUUAUUAUUCUAAAAUAAAAUAAAAAGUUAUUUUUUUUUGCAUAACAACGCUAUGGUUGUCAAAGUAGAAGACACGUUUGAAACCAAGCUGGAAACUGAUGCUGCUACAGUAAACGAACCUGAAUUACAACCUAUAUUUUCAAUUGAAAUUCUGAAGAUCAUCAAGGAUGCGCAGCAACAACACGGACUGCGGCACAGCGACUACCAACGAUACAGGGGCUACUGCUCGCGACGCUUGCGCAGACUGCGCAAGGUGUUGCACGUGACGCAGGGCGACAAGCGACACUUCAAGAAGAAGAUCAUCACCGAGUCCCUGCUCAAGGAUGAGAAGUUUGUUCACAUCCCACUGAUGAUGGCAGAGCGAGCGUGGAGCUUUGCUAUGCAACUGCGGCAGGAAGCUAAUACGGAGCCUCGCAAGAAAUUCCAUCUUGUGUCACGUCUUCGCAAAGCUGUAACUUACGCUUUGCAAUUGCAGAAUUUAUGUGAGAGUAACAAGUGCGACGUGCGCACACGCCUGGAGGCGCAAGCCUAUGUUGCUUGGAUUUCUGGUUCGCUGCAGUUCGAACUGCAGCAGUGGAGACUGGCCAUGGAGAGUCUUAAGAAGUCCCAGAUGGUGUACGAGAAGCUGGCCCAAGCACUGCCCGAGCAGGAACAGGCCGUGUACCGCCAGCGAGUGGAGGAGCUGGCACCCAGCCUGCGCUACUGCGCCUACAACAUCGGCGACGACAGUGCCAUGGACGAUCUGCUGGAGCUGCGCAGUCACGGCCAGGGAGACAUGCUGGCCAACCUGGACUCGCUGAUAGUGCAGACACGGGAGCGUGGUGUGGCAGACCAUCAGGAGGUGGUGUGGCGAGGCCGUGCGGUCGUUGUGCGGCCUGAGCGAGUGCGUUUGUUCCUGAUGGCCAACCAAGAUGCAGAUAAGUCGCUGGGGCGGUUGACGGACAACACAGAAAAGAUUUCUCUCCUUGAGACACUGCUUAUGGAUUGCAAGGAUGCCAUUUCGUCAGUGCGUGAUGAACUAAAGUCAGACCAGGCCAGCAAGGGGCGUGCGGAGGCAGGCGCACCUGUGUCGCCGCUGCAGUACCUGCUGUCCUACCUUGUGCACAUCAAGCUGACACGCACCAUCCAGCGCACCCUCAUCAUGGUCGACUCUGCCAGGGCCGCUCUGCUGGCAGACACCGAGGGCAGCGAAGGACGUAAAGCACGGCCCCAGGACAUGACCCGGCUCUACGAGAUUGUUCUGCAGAACUACGCGGAGCUACAGCAGCUGCCCGGCCUAGAGACAGACGCUGAAUACCAGCGCGGGCUCGAGGCAGAUAUCCAGGCCUACCGAGCCUUCAGGUGCUUCUACAUCGCCCAGAGCCUCGCAGGGGCCGGGCGCUGGCCGGAAUCACUCGCUCUGUAUCAGCGCGCGGACCAGUAUGCCGUGCAGGCACUACGGAGCUCUGUGCCACACUUGAGUGCCGAGCUGGAGAGGCUGCGCAAGGAUGUGGAAGGGCACGCCUUUUCUGUGCGUGCUCAUGGCGUGCUGGAAGAAGAGGUGUGUGAUGAUGACCAACCAUUGCUGCUUGGAGCACGCACUACUCCACGCAUCAAGAAGGUUGGUUUAACAUCUUUUAUGUGAGUACAUGUUCUUCAC